UAUCCCGGGGAUUCCCCUAAGAAAACACGCAAUAAGAAAAAACCGAGUUUUGAUUAAUUUCUGGCCUCACACCACAAAGUAACUGAUUCUACCCGUAAUGUAUCGUUAUCUCGUAUCCCUCUUUCUUCUUACCUUGGUUAAGGCCUCUGCAAAAGAGAUAUGUGACAAGACAAAGAUCACAGUCCGCUGGCCUAAUGGCACCACAAUGUGCUUACCUUGUGUUGAAUGUCCUCGAAGAUGGGGAUCGACUUAUUCCUGUGGUGACGUUGUGGACGCUCCUCUUCAAACUCCCAUCAAAUGCGUAAAGUGCAAAAAACGGCAGACCUUCUCAGAAGCCCGUUCUUCUGACGCCUGUAAGAAGUGCACUCCAUGUCAGCCAAAUCAUGAGAUCAUAAAGCAUUGCACACGUUCUGCUGACACAAAAUGUGGUGGAUGUAAAAAAGGUUAUUACAAGUUUCGAGAUCCUCAUUUGUCAACUUGUGAAAAAUGUUCGCCUUGUUGCGGGGAUGCAAAGGAUGAGCGGAUUGAAGAAUGUGCAAGACAGGGUUUGCCCAGAAACCUACAAUGCAGCUUUCGUCAAGACAGAAUUUGCAAUCUUUCUUCAGUGAUUGCCAAAAAGUCUUUCCAGAGAGUACCUCGGACUGAAACUUUUACUACCGAUCAGAAAACCACAGCAUCUACCAGCACAAAGCAACCGGCAGCCUACAAUCGUCCAAUAAUUAACAAUAGUGUUUAUAAUAAUAACAGUAUGGGCCCCACUGCAAAUGGAUGGUAUGUAUUUGGGAUCGUUGCUGGAGUGAUCAUAGUUUUGGUUAUCGGAGGUUUCUGGUGUCGAAGAAAACGGCGGAAUGUAAGUGUGCAAAAAAAUCAGUCGACAUCCGAUGAAAGCUUCAAUGUAGAUUGUGAUCAUGAGCAGGGCCGACCGUGUCACGAAGCCCUUGCCGGCGGUGGUGCCGAAGAAGACGGAUGUUCCAACAAUGACUCGAUAGAGAAGCAGAACGUGUUUGAAAAAGAAUCGGAGUCACGUCCAUUGAAAGAGUUCAUCAACGACCGAAGUGAGUGGUCAGCAUAUGGUGAAUUCUGUCGUCGGCUAAACUCAGAAGUACACCCUCUCAUGGAACAACACUUCUACAGCAUUUCACGUGCCCUUGAUAUUGAGUUGGACAUGGCCAAAAAACUGAUAAAAGAUAACGGUGGAGCAGCACAAGCUCUAUUGGAAUACUUUAACGCAACGAAUAAUGAAUCUCUUAUUACUCUGGAUCGAAUUGCUGGUGUACUAGACCACCUGACCGAUAGGAAAGUAGAAGCGAAAAUAUUGAGGGAGGCAGACCAUCGUUUGAAACAAAAGGCACGAUGUGCUCUACAGCAAGGAGCCCGAGAUGAACAGGGAAGUACCUUAUUAGCUUUUUAAUCAUACUUUACAAAAAUCAAUGCCUGGAUAUAAUAUAAGAAAGGCAUAUACUCUUAACUAAUAGUUUUGAAUCGUUAGUAAUUAGGAAUUACGUUAGUAAGCAUUUGUCGGAGUAGUCUUGCUUAUAUUAUAUUACAGGGUCAUUUGUUUUUAAUGCAUUUAUGCUAAUUUACUCCCACGUAAUUGUUCUUUUUCGUUAUAAAAAAAUAUGGAUUUAGCCAAUAGCUUUACAGAAUGCUAGUAUCAUCUGUAUUAUUAUGACAAGCUAGUGGACUGCAGAUCGUGCAGUUGAUUGGCUAAGAUAAAUAUUAAUUCCUUUUUUUAACCGACUGAAAAAAUAAAUUAAAAUUUGUCAGUUUAUUUCUGUUAUCUUUAUGCAGUCCAACUAGAUAGAGUUUGUGUAAGACUAUUAGACCUCUCGCUGUGUUAAGGAAAUAGUCAGUAAAAAUAGUUCAGUACUUUUCAUGAUAAAAAGAGCCAGAGACGUCAGUUGGUGAUCGGCGAAUAUACAGUAGCUGUCUCUUUGCCUCUAAUCAGGGCUUUUGUGCCGAGGGCAUUUAUCUACAAAGCCUCCAGCUUGGAGCAAUACUCCAUUUUUAUAAGCAUUAAGUAAUGUUUAAGUGGAAUUGUUCCAGACUCAUAAAAUUCGACUUGGUGAAAUAUUUGUAACACGCCUUUGACCCUAGGGAACGCCAUGCUGACCCUAUGGGUAAGGCUCACUGGAUUUAUUAUUCAAACCUGUUAUUUAUCUGUUAUCUGAGUACUAGUCCAGAAGCUGGCCCCCCCCAGGCAGUCCAACAAACGCGGUCAAAGGAGGGGCCUGAGUCUGGACUAUCUUAGUACCGACUCACCUUGUUUGCAUUUUCGUGUUUGAUAACAGGGUUGAAUAAUAAAUGGCACCUGCAUGAAGAAGAAUGCUUGCUUCGAUUUCAUUCAUCGUUUAUCACAAUAUUGAAGGUCACAAAUAAGAGAAGGAGAGGGGUUGAUGUAAAAGCUGGAAGCCAGACAAUCGCUCCCUUAUGUGACAGCAUUCUUUAAAUGCACUAGAGGUGCCUGUUUUUUUGCUUCGAUUUUUAAAUGUAACAGUUCAUUGUACAAAACACAACUGAGCUCCGUGAAAUACGUGGUCAAGCGCUGAAAGACCUAACAUUUUCUACCAUCUGUUUUAACUCAACUUAUAGUUUUCACUCCCUUUACUUUUGACCCUACUUUAUAAACGACGACUGUAUGUUCUACGAUACCUACCUAGCAUCACAUGACCACGAAAAACGUCGAUCUCAGUUGAUCGUAUUUGUUGUUGUUUUUCAAUGUCGUGAUAUCGUCUCGAGGGCGGAUCACAGGAAAAGUCUUCUUUGUUUAUGUGUGCGUAGUAUUUUUGUAUGUAUUUUUCUAGUAUUUGUUGUGCAGGCCCGUAGCUAGGAUUUUUGUUGGGGGGGUGCUAAUUUACAAAAAGUGGACCAACCAUAUACUUUAUUUUUUUAAAGUCCCAUAGGAUGCAUAGGUAUAGAUAAAUUAUUAAAGUAAAAUUGAUUUUUUUGACUUAGUUUCACGUGAAAAUAUCAUACCAGCCAAAAUCUCACUUGCUUAAAAAGCGGACCUUUAGCUCGCGAACGCACCCCCUGCACCCCCCCUAGCUACGGGCCUGUUGUGUAUUGUGAAAUCUAUUUUAAGAUUUCAAAGACAGCUGGGAGUCAUAUUUUGAUUCGCUUUCUCUUAAUCUUUUUAGAUCAGCAGACACAUUCUUGCAAAACCCCUUUCUGCGUCCGCUGAACUUUUCAACUUUAAUUUGAUGUCGGUAUACAUACGCCUAAUUAAAAAAAAAACGUCGGUCACACAUCUGAAAUGGGCGAUCUGAGACUUUUUGCACUGUAAUGUCUUCUGGCUAAAUACGAAAAAAUGACCGUUAACUCGUUCAUGCAAUCUAAAAGGAAACGAAGUUAUUUCAGCUGUGAAUAUCAUGAUAUCACAAUUUAAAGUUUGCUACUUGUUCUCAGAUCUCACGUUUUUUUGAAAUAGGUAAAUAUACAUGUAUUUUUCUAACACUGAAGAAUGUGAAAUGGAAUAAAAAGAAUAAGCGAACGCGUCAAACGAUAUGGCACCCACUGCUCCUUAUAUAUAUCCAAGACUCUCUCCUAUCAGUAGGCUUAAUGUGACGAGUCGAAACGUCGUAUCAGGCACAGGGAGCCCGGCUGUACAUAAACAAAUAAAUCAAUAAGGUACUCUGCUAAAACUAACAAACAAGUUACUGGUAGUACUAUUACCGGAAAUUCAACGUAUUAACGUCUUGUUUCAAAUCUCAACACUGGAAACCCACAGUACUUUGUUAAUUUAUUUGUUCAUGUACAGCCGGGCUCCCUGUGUAUCAGGGCCAAGAUGCACAUACCUACCAACCCGCAUGCAAUUAACCAUUUUCCAYACAUCGGUUCACUKGUCAAACACAAAGCAUUCAGUCGAGGUUGCAAGGUUCAAAUUUGAAUAAUCCUUUGAAAGUACCUGUGCGCCUCAAUUGAGAGCUUUGUGUUUGGAAAACGGUGGAAUGUGGUGACCUUCCUCUACACUAAGAACGACUGCGGUGGAGACUACUCUAUGGCUAGCUUUUCUGGAUUUGAUUUCCCUUUAGGAAAGAAAACAACACUUGUCUCAAGAACAAGGGUCACUGGCCUACUUUCAUGUGCCCCUAAGCCGGUAUUCUUGACUAUUACAACUUUUAAGGUGCGCCGGUAUACGGGUAAUAAAAUCCCGCAACUUUGUUAACCGUAUUACCGCAUCUAUAAACCUUAUUUCAACCAGUGAUAGUUGCGCCCUAUACGACGAUUCGAUUCUGCACGGUAUAUAAUUAUUAUAACUAUUACUAUCAAUUCAUAAGCAAAGUGACGAGGAACUACUUCGUAUAGGACACAGUACUGCACGACACAGUACCGUACGACACACAACGGUAUAUAUAGAGUAGUUUUCGUAUGACUGUGAAAAGCUCACAGCUCGAACACGGUCGCAACCCGGCAAGGCAUACGCCAGACCAAUUACCUUGCUCAAAAAAUCUUACUCUCCAUCCAAUAAAAUGUCCGGAACACUGCAUAAACAAUAGGGGACACGGUCACGGCACUGCCAGACCAAUCAAAUUGCGU